CCCCUCAUUCAUCAGAUUGUCUGCAGACACAGCAGCAUAAUCACCUUCGUCUCUACAGUUCACUUCUCUCUGUCUCUCAACUGUCUAGUCAAAGGAAAACAGACAAAAUGGGGAAAAUUGAUGGAUGCCUGAAGGCUGUUUUCAUUUCCUUCAAUUGCUUGUUUACAUGUUUGGGAGGCAUGUUGAUCUACGGAUUAAUAAGGAUCAGUCCCAGUGACUAUGAGAUGAAAGGGAUUGACGCCCCGAACGUAAUCUGGCUCUGGGUGUUUGCCGUUAUCACCCUCCUGAUCUCCUUGCUGGGGAGCCACGCUGCACGCACCGAAAAUAAAUGUGGCCUCAAACUUUUUGCAGUUUUGAUGGGGCUUGGAAUGGUCCUCAUGCUAAUCUUUGGAGUUGCUGUCGUUGUAUUAAAAAAGCAGGAGAUGGAAAACUUUCGAAGUCCUAAAGUUGCCCAGGAGUUCUUGAAAGACGAUGAGAAAAAACAUUUGCUUGAAACCCUGCAGGAACAUCUUCACUGUUGUGGAUGGGCCGGCGUGGAGGACUGGGGUUCAGUCGUCCCUAAAUCCUGUCACUGCACACCUUCAUAUGAAGAAUGUAAACCCAACCCACAGGGAUCCAUUGGACCUUCAUCUGUCUACUCCAAGUCCUGUGGUGAAAUUCUUGGGGAUUAUGUUGAAUAUGCCGUAAAGGUUGGCUUAUGCAUCAUUUUUGGAUUCGCUUUUGUUGCUAUGAUGGGAUUGAUCAUCUCCGCUAACAUGAUUAAUCAGAUCAGUCGUCACGACAGAGCAGGAAUGUCAGCUUUUGCAAUGAAGGCUUAUUGACAUCAACCUCCAAGUCUUGAUGGGUUUUCAUCAAGUCAUCGUUACUGUCGCAAAAAUGCUACCAAAUAAAAUGUUUUGCAAACGUUUCCACACUUUGUGAUGAUUCCACCAUAAAUAUUGUAUUUUAUUGUGAUGGAUCCCUUCUCUAACACACCUGAACCAAAUAAACAUGCUGUCACCAGG